CACAGAAGCAGAGGAGACAAGCUGAUGACAGGUGCUCUUCUGACAGCCAGAUCCCAGGAGCUGGUGACAUUUGAGGAUGUGGCCAUAUAUCUCACAGAGGAAGAAUGGGCACUACUGGACCCUGCACAGAAGAGGCUUUACAGGGACGUGAUGUUAGAGAAUUAUGGGAAUGUACUUUUACUAGGAUUUCCAAUUUCCAAACCAGACCUAAUCUCUCAGCUGGAGCAAGGGGGAAUACCAUGUGUGCCAUUUCUGCCCAGAAUGAAGAUUCGAGUGAUUCGUUUUGAUCAUAGGUCUGAAAAUAAAGUGUCUAUUCCAAGGCAAGACAUUGCUGAAGAAGGCAAAGCACAGAGAAUUUUAUUAGCAGAACUUCCAACGACCAUUUGCCAUAACAUUGAAGAAAAUUCUGACAGUGAGGCUAGAUUAGAUCAACAUCCUGUAAACAUGCUGAAGGAGGAACCAAGAUGCCCUCUUCUCCAGGAGACAGAUUUCAGGCAGGUGACUGGUAUUUAUAACAGUGGUCUUAAAGUAACAAGGGGGCAUGAAUGCAUUAAGAGUGACAUUGGUUCAAACUCUGUUACACAACAGACAUAUCCCGACCGAAAGAAAUCCAAGAUAUGUGAUUCAUUUCACCAUUGCUUCAGGCAGGGUUCAAAAUUGAUGAGACAUCAGAGUGAGCACGAGAGAGAACAAAACCAUGAAUGUGAUACAUGUGGGAAAUCCUUUAGCAGGAACUCAAGCCUUCUUGAGCAUCAGAGGAUUCACAGUGGAGAGAAACCCCAUGAAUGUGAGGAAUGUGGGAGAGCUUUUAGUAGGAACUCAAGCCUUCUGGAGCAUCAGAGGAUUCACAGUGGAGAGAAACCCUAUAAAUGUAAUGAAUGUGGGAAAGCCUUCAACAGGAACUCAAGCCUUCUGGAGCAUCAGAGGGUUCAUAGUGGUGAGAAACCUUACGAAUGUAAUGAAUGUGGCAAAACCAUCAGUAGAAAGUCAAGCCUUGUUGAACACCAGAGAAUUCAUAGUGGAGAGAAACCCUAUAGGUGCAGCAAAUGUGGGAAAGCCUUCCGGGGACACUCAGACCUUUCUAAACAUAAGAGAAUUCAUACUGGAGAAAAGCCCUAUCAAUGUAAAGAAUGUGGUAAAGCUUUCAGGAUUCGAUCAGGUCUUACUAGCCACCAUCGGAUUCAUACAGGAGAAAAACCGUAUACGUGUAAUAUAUGUGCCAAAGGCUUCAGGGCACAGUCAGACCUUAUUAAGCAUCAGAGCAUUCAUACAGGAGCUAAACCCUAUGAAUGUAGGCAGUGUGGGAAAGCCUUCAGGGUGAAUUCAGAUUUUGUCAAACACCUGAGAAUUCAUACAGGAGAGAAACCAUAUGAAUGUAAUGAAUGUGGGAAAGCCUUUCGGGUCAGUUCAGGCCUUAUUAGCCACCAGAGAAUUCAUACAGGAGAAAAACCCUAUCAUUGUAAUGAAUGUGGGAAAAGUUUUAGGGGGCACUCCGACCUUAUUGAACAUCAGCGAAUUCACACUGGAGAGAAACCCUAUGCAUGUAAUAAAUGUGGGAAAGCCUUCAGGGGGAACUCAGACCUUAGUAAACAUCAGAAAAGUCACACAGGAGCAAAGCCCUAUGCAUAUAAGAAAUGUGGGAAAGCUUUUCGCAUUAGCCAGCAGAAAACUCACGGAAGGAAAACCCUGUAAUUGUAGCAAAUAUGGGGAGGGCUCUAGGGCACAUUUAAACCUUAUUAAAAAUAAUAAUAUUCAUAUAGGUGAUAAGUGUAUAGUGACAUGUGCAAAAACCUUCAGGAGGUCUUGAGACCUAUGAAGCAUCAAAGAAUGCACUUGGAGAAAAACACAAAUGUGGGAAGGCCUUGAGAAUGAGCUCAGGCCUUAUUAUUUGUAAAUUCUAUAAAGAGAAAAGCCCCAUAAAGAAGUGCUAAAGAUUUUAGGGGAGCAAUCAGGUCUUACUGUACAUUGGAGUAUGCAUACAGG